UUUGGCGCGUUAUAGAGAAUAGUUUCUAAUCGCCAUCCUCUCUCCGUCGCGUAGUUCAAGGAGCUUUCCUCUGAUCAUCCUUAAAUAUCUCUCUCUCCCUCGUCUUCUUCUUACCUUUGUAACCGAACAUGAACUCAUCGUCGUUGAACGUCCUUGCUUCUCCUCCUCUUAUUUCUACCUUAACACCAACUUUAAAAGCUUUCCAUCGAAUUAACUUUUCUUCCAAGCUCUCUAAAAGGAUCAGAUGCAUGCACGAUCCCAGCAUCAAUCUUAACUUCGGUUCGAGAUCGAAUCCAAAACAUGACUUCCCUGUUUCUCUUGCCACGGCUUUCGUCGAAGCUCCCUUGGGAACAACAACAACAACCUCGGCCGACAAGCUCCACCUCCUCGUAUCCGAGUUCCGGUCCUUAACCGAGCCCAUCGACCGAGUCAAACGUCUCUUGAGCUACGCGACGGCUCUAGCUCCCCUCGACGACUCGGCUCGCGUUCCGGCGAACCGAGUCACGGGGUGCACGACUCAGGUAUGGUUGGAGAUCAAGGUGGACGAGUUAGGUAGGAUGAGGUUUAAAGCAGACAGCGAUUCAGAGAUCUCGAAAGGGUUCUGUUCUUGUCUUAUCUGGAUCCUCGACGGUGCUAAACCGGAGGAAGUGAUGGGCGUGAGUGGCGAGGACUUGUCGGAGAUGAACGUUGGGGUUCACGGGAAGGUCCAGUCAAGGGUUAACACGUGGCAUAACGUAUUGAUGAGUAUGCAGAAACGGACCAUGGCUCUUGUCGGUGAUGCUGACGUGGAGCACCGGGAAGGAGACAGAUCAGAACCUCAUCCCCAUAAUCUUUUGUUUGAUUAUGUUAAUGGGAGAAGUUACGUGGAAUCUUCAUCUAAGGUUGAUCGUGAUUACUCCAUCUCGCUGCUUCCUUUGGGUUAUGAUUUUACGAUAUGAAAUGUUGCUGGUGCGUUUCUUUAGAAUGUUUUUGUAAAGUCUUCUGGAACAUAAAUUGAAAGUUUGUGUUUCUGUAUUUUGCAAUUUAUAGUUUUUAGGAUAACC